GUCCCCGUGCGGAAAUCCCCUUGACUUGUGCCUUUUCCUUUUAAAAAAAAUUAAAAAAUCAUUAGCGGACUGUCUAACUCCUUUGAAAGGCUUCGCGAGCUGCCAGGGCUCCAAAAUAGAUCCGAUACUGAAGGAAAGAGAAGGUUGAAUGGCGCCGAGGACCGCAGCGGUGAGGCUGAGUGAAGGGGCUCAGAGAGGACUAGCCUGAGCAUCCGGGAGGGCUUUGUUAUUACCCCCGACAUAUUACACAGUUUCCACGUUGCUGGGUCAGUGGUGGUUGGUGCCUCCUCCUUUCCUCCUCGUUCCUCUUCCUCCCCUCCUUCCAUCCACCUGGCCACUCAUCCGCCAUGUCGCAGGGUCAGAACUUCCUCCCCAAAUUCCUGUUUGUCUCCAACCUGCUGAAGGCGGUGAAGAUCCGUCAGCGAGUGCCCAACGACGUGGUGAAGCCGGCCGCCAGCAGCGGCCUCAUGCACCACCUGCGUGGUAUGCACCGGUACACGCUGGAGAUGAUUGCCAUGAACCAAUUCCCGCAGGCCUUCAGGGAGGUGGUGCAGGCCGCCAUCCUGGACCGAGCCAUGCAGGUCUCAUUGGAGCAGGAGAAGAAGCUCAACUGGUGUCGGGAGGUGAAGAAGAUGGUGCCCUUACGUACCAAUGGAGAUGGCAACUGUUUGCUCCACGCGGCCUCUCAGUACAUGCUGGGCGUUCAGGACACGGACCUGGUGCUUCGGAAAGCCCUCCAUGGUGUUUUAAAAGAGACGGACACUAGCGUCUUCAGAGCUCGCUUCCAGGCGGAGCUGCUCCAGUCCCAGGAAUUCACACAGACCGGACUACGAUACACCACAAUGAACUGGGAGGAGGAGUGGGAAAAGAUUGUGAGGAUGGCGUCUCCGGCCUCCGGUAGCAACGGCCUCCAGUUUGACUCUCUGGAGGACAUUCACAUCUUCGUCCUCUCCAACAUUCUCCGCCGACCCAUCAUCGUCAUCGCAGACCAGGUGGUCAGGAGUAUGAAAUCUGGCUCCUCCAUCUCGCCUCUGAAUGUGGGUGGGAUUUAUCUGCCACUGCACUGGCUGCCCACAGAGUGCUACAAAUACCCAAUCGUUCUUGGCUACGACUCCCAGCACUUUGCACCCCUCAUCACCAUCAAAGACAGCGGCCCAGAGAUCCGAGCAGUAUCGCUGAUCAACCCAGGACGAGGGGGCUUUGAGGAGCUGAAGGUUCACUUCCUGAUGGAGAAAGAACAGCAACAGAGAGAGAGGCUUCUCAAGGACUACCUGCUGCUGAUAGAGAUCCCCGUCAUAGGCGUGGGCUAUGACACCACUCGGAUCAUCAAUGCUGCACGGCUGGAUGAGGGCAACCUCCCCGAAGACAUGAACCUGAUGGAGGACUACCUGCAGCUCGUCAACCACGAGUACCAGCGCUGGCAGGAGGACAAGGAGCAGGCGUGGGCCGCCCAGCCGCAGCGCCCGCCGCCCUUCUCCCUCUCCCAGCUCUCCCUCAUCGAGAUCCGCUGCGCCACGCCGCGAUGCACCUUCUACGUCUCGGUGGACACGCAGCCUCAUUGCCACGAGUGCUUUGAGAAGCGACAGGCCACCACCGGUGGAGCAAUAAGGAUUGAUGGGGUCGUGCAGACCAAGGGGGGAGGGGUAGUGAUUGGGGGAUCAGAGACAGAGGUGAGCUUCAGAGGAGCCCGAGGCAGCAGCCCUCCAUCCUCCACGUCUGGGAGAGUGGUGGUGAUAUCCAGCCCCCGUUCAGCACCCCCAACCGCUCCCAGCCUGAGCCUGUACAGUGAAACUCAUGCCAUGAAGUGCAAGACACCCGGCUGCCUCUUUACCCUGAGCGUGGAGCAUGAUGGACUUUGCGAGCGCUGCUUCAACUCCAGGCAGACCCUUGGACCCCACGGAGCCGGAACAGCUGCUCCAGGACUCCCAGGCCCCAAUGGGGGCCCUACAGUCGCCCACCCGGCCCAGGGCACCGGCUGGACCCAGUGGGGCGGCCGCGAGACCGAGCGCUGCAGCAUGUGCAGACAGGAGGCGUUCAGGAUAUUCAAUGGCCUGUGUCCACCCUGCAUGCAGAGGCAGCAGCCUCCAGAGAGGGAAGAGCCGCAGCAGAACAACCCCACGACUGAGGCCUCGUCUUCAGCUUGGACCCAGGCCAGGGACGCUGAGAGGCCGUGCCCCACUCUAACCCCGGGGCACACCUCAGCCUGGCAAGCCCCUCUGGCCCGGCCUUGUAAAAGAUCCGGCUGCCAGUUCUUUGGGACGCCAGAGAACUUGGGGUUCUGCACUAUUUGCUACGUUGACUAUCAGACCAACCACCACCUGACCCCUCCCCCUCCCCCCGCCCCGGUCCAGAGCCGGCAUGGCGUGGAGGCAGGCUUCCAGAACGCCUCUCGGUGUCGAGGGCCUGGGUGCGGUGCAGUGGGCAAGGCAAUGCUGGAGGGCUACUGCGACAAGUGCUACGUCAAAGAGCAAAGCACACGGCUCAACCAAGCGGCACAUCGCACACCACACUCGCCUCCUCUGGUCAUGCGUGACCGAGCAGCCAAACCAAGAUCUUCACAGCAAUCCCAGACCCAGACCCAAACCCAGACUCAAACCCAGACCGAGACCCAGUGCCGACGGAGUGGCUGCAGCAACGAGUCCCCGGGUUGCACGGACCUCUGCCCCGAGUGCCACACACGCGGCCAGGGCAGAGAGGCGGGCAGACGGGCGCAGGCGCCUAAAGAAAAGUCCAAGCAGCGGUGCAGGACGCAGGGCUGCGACCACUACGCCAACGCAGAGAAACAGGGCUACUGCAACGAGUGUGACCACUUCAAGCAGAUUUACCGCGGCUGACCACACGCACAACCACGAUGACGACACAUCGCUGUCACGCUCGAGCCGCUGCCCUGCUGUUGGCGCCUCAUGCCAGUCAAUGCACCUCUGAUACUAACUAACCAACUAACUAACUAGCUAGUGAAUAACUAGUAACCUUAUGGCCUGAAAACCGAACACCCCCCCAUCCCCCCCUGUGUAGAAUGUGAAGAGAGAGAGAAAGAGAGAGAGUGUGUGUAUGUGGUUGGGGGGGGGGGGGGGGAAUGUGUGUGUGUGUGUGUGUGUGUUCGCUGUUGACAUGACCUCCAGAAUACCUCUUUGUGCAAUUAUUAUCAUCUGAUGUGCUCUGUGCACGUCCACGGUGAGAGGUUUGGCUUCAUGUCAGAGCAACUGACUUUACUCUUGUGUACAAUAUGUAUUUAGAGGUACGUCGUGAAUCGUGCCGGACAAAAAUGAUUGUAUGUUGACAUAACGAGAAGCAUCUGACAUUGCUUUCUAGACCACAGCCAAGGAUUUUUACCCGCCGUCUGUCUGUCUUAACACAUCUGUGUGUCUGUCUGCCCGUCUGUCGAGCAUUGGCCCCGUCCAAGGAGGGAUGCGGUAGUUGAGGAAGCCCGGCAAGAAAUCUGUGGAAGCAGGAAGCAGAAGUGAGCCACACUGGGCCAAAGUGUUUCAAAGCUUGAAACGAAAUUUAAAUGGUAUGCACCAUUUGUUUAGCUUAGUUCUUCGAAAAACCCUCAUGUACGUCCUCCAAAUAAAGACUAAAGAUUUGCCGAGAAAAAAGCUCUUGCAAUCAAUAUUGUAAAAAUGAUCAUGACUUAAUUUUCUUCCAUUUGUCAGUCGAAAAGCAGUUUAUAUUUUGAGGCAAAUUAAACUCGGUAUUUUUUACGUAUCUGUGAUAUGGCGUGAUGAGAUUGUUGAUAUGGAAAGCGAGAACAGACCUUUUUGUCUGCACAGUGCAAGGCGGACAGGGCAGGCCCCUGCUGGUUUUGGUGCUUCAUGUACAGAAACACAAGCCUCUCCAUUGUAGCCGACAUGAAGGUGGAGAACACAGUAGAGACGGGACUCAUUCAUCCUCUUUCUAUUCCUCCUGUCCUUCCUCUCAUUGCCCCUCUCCUUCCUCCAAAACAGAUCUGUUGCCUUGGACGUUGUUUUUGCUGUUUACUGACCACUUAACUAAGCACCUAGAGAUGCAUCGACACAUAGCUACACACACGCACACAAAUGUCGUAGCUCCGGUCCUGUCAGAAGGGGAUUGCCGACAAUUAAGAGAACUGAGAACAUAAUGACGGGUGAUUAACCACCUUACCACCAUAUAUAUAUACACACACACACACACACACACACAUUUGCACAUGCAAACGCAGCUCUGAGAUUGUAUGCACCCCACCCAGCCUGAGGUUUUAUGUAGGUAUACAAACCCAGAGAGAAAUGCAUUCCUCUCUGCUCCGCCCCACUGGAUGUGUCAAGGCGACAAUUAAAAAAAUGUCAAAGAGCAACCCCAUCGCCUGCUUUGGCUAAUCUUGUUCAUCUGAAUGUGUUUUUGUGCUGCCGCUACAGCAGCACAGUAUCGGGGGCUGAUCCUCGAUGCGUUUUGCCUUUAAGUAGUGAUUACAAUUUUAUGGACCAGAGGAGCCUGAUCCUGGAUCAGUGCUCCCACCUAUAAAAUGCUUUUGUGAACAUGGAUCUUGGUCCAUAUUGUAGGACCUUCCAACCCGAUGCCUCAUCUCCAACAAAACACCCCCUCCCUCCCCACACACACACAUACACAACGCACGCAUGUGUGCAUCUAGAAUACGCAAAACUGACAUUCCUGUAUUUUUUAUUUCUUUUUUGUUUGUUUGGGGGAUUUUUUAUUUUAUUAAUGUAUUUUGAUAUAUUUGGUUUUGUUUCUGCCCCCAAAAAUAAUACCGCCAAACAGUUGUUGUUACCUCCUUAAAAAUGGCUGGCCUGUAACACUCUAAACUAACUGGAGUGCCACAAAUAGACUUCGCCAACCCCGUGUGACAACAGACUAGAGUUAAUCAAGCUCUAGGUGGGAAAAUCCCCAAAUGGGCACCAUCUUUUCACGAGUGUCUCGUUUUAGCGAAAAAUACGAAGACAUUUUUAUCUGCAGCAAUAACCUCGAGCGUAAAACAUUUAUCUAACAAUCUCAAAUGUAAUAUCUGGAGCGGUUAUUCCCCUUGCACUUGUGCUGUGGGCAGAUGUCCAUCUGUGGCUUCAGUUAGGAACGCAGAGACCAACAGGCUCUCGGUCUGCCUUUUCAUUCAACUGUAUCUGGAGCUGUCGGGCCAGCCCACCUGUCGACGGCCUGUACGUAGAUCUCUGUGUGCUUUAAUCACCUCUAGACCAACCUUAAUCAAUUAAAAUCAUCGGGACCCGAGUCCGACCGGGAGGAAGAUCACAUAAGUUGCACAUGACUUGUCGAAGCUGCUGAGGCGUUUAGGAAUGGUACUCCGACUCGCUCGGGGACAUUCCAACAGUAGGAAGAGCAACCUUUUAGGAGCCGAAGGUGUAACAAAACAUGCAAAUUGUGUGGAAGUUUCUCUAUGUGACCUUUUCGACAAUAGGGUAUUGUAUGAACAACAAACACAAAAAAAAGCCUGGUUUUAUUUGUUAAGUAUUUAUUCAUGUCAAGAUAUCUGUAUUGUGUGAUUCAAUAAUUAUUCAUAUGUCGUCCUGAAAUGAAUUAUUUUUAUUAAGAAAUCUGAAAUGUG